AUGUGGAGGCAAGUUUUGCUCUACUGCAGGACCCGCAGCUACCAUGCAGACAACUGUCAAACAAAGGAGACCCUCCAAAAUGAAGGUGAAGAGGAUAUUAAGGCAGCACAAUGGAUUUUCAAGCAACCCAUGGGAUCAGAGCGGAUGGAGAUGCGCAAACGGCAGAUGUCUACGACCCAGGAGACCCCAGGAGCUGCACAGGCUCAGCACAGCACAGGAAACCGGGGGUCCAAUGCCUGCUGCUUUUGUUGGUGCUGCUGCUGCAGCUGCUCAUGUCUUACUGUCAGAAAUCAAGAUGAAGAGAGAGGAAGGAGAACAUCUCAUGAACUCCAAGCAGAGGGUAUUCCAAACUGCGAGGAAAGCCCUGCUCCUACUCUUGAAGAAGUAAAUGCCUGGGCUCAAUCAUUUGACAAGUUGAUGCUUACUCCAGCUGGCAGAAAUGCUUUUCGUGAAUUUCUACGAACAGAAUUCAGUGAGGAGAACAUGCUCUUCUGGAUGGCCUGUGAGGAACUAAAACAAGAAUCCAACAAAAGUGUAAUUGAAGAAAAAGCAAGGCUAAUUUAUGAAGAUUACAUUUCUAUCCUUUCUCCAAAAGAGGUCAGUCUGGACUCCAGAGUAAGAGAAGUUAUUAACCGAAAUAUGCUGGAACCUUCACAACACACCUUUGAUGACGCACAGCUUCAAAUAUAUACUUUAAUGCACAGAGACUCCUACCCACGAUUUAUGAACUCUGCUAUUUAUAAGAACCUGCUUCGGUCCUUAUCUGAAAAAUCCGUUGAAGCAUAGAAUUUUUUUCUUACAUGUAUUUAUUUUAAAACAAACGGAACUCUGGGCUACACCAAUCCACGGGGAAUUUAGAUUUAAUCAGAUAUUUACCUGAAAAUAACUCAGGCAAGUUUUACUACAGACUGAAUUACUUAAAUCCGCACAAGACUCUGACACAAUCAGCUAAAUACAGUUUCUGAUCAAAUUCAGUGUUACUUUGCAAAAAGAAAAGGAAGAGAAUGAAAAGCUGUUGUACAAAAAAUGCAGUAUUUUUUCAAACGCAGCACACAACUCAGAUGCAAAUCUGUUACCACAUAUGUCUGAAGUACAAAUGCCAACUGAGCACAAAAACUAAAUCUUAUUUUUAAGUGGAGUGUUAGAAUUUUCUAGAAAAGCAAACCAGCUGCCCCUUCUACACUGUAACCUAAGUAAAAACAGCACAGUCAACAUCUAGGUUACACCAGACAAAAGUUUCACAUAUUGUACCUAGCACAGGUACACUUCACUUGGCUUUAAUGUAUAUACGGUGCACUAAUGGAAAUUGGAAUGGCAAUCUCAAGGUAAUGGUUGAAAUAAUGCUGCCUAUAAAAAUCUUCUGCUGAAGAAUAGUUAUUUUACUACUAGAGUCUGCUGAAAGCAUUUUUAAGUUCAUAUUGUUGAUGUUUAUAAAGUUAUUUACUUAAGACGAAGAAGAAUCUAGGUAUUUAAAUUCCAAAAUUACGCACAAGUCUCA